AUGGCGUUUCGCAAGCGCAACGUAGCACUAUCCCGUGCACCAGCAGGCGAAGACGCGUUGAACGCGCCCUCAUCUCCCAUAAUAGCACAGCCUGCGCCAACACCUCCUGGUGUCCGUCCCUCGCCCAUCGAUGGCCGCCCCACCACAUCCACCGGCACACCCUCGCUCGAUGGCAUUCUGGCAGGACAUGCUGGCCUGGCGCUAGGGCACUCGAUACUCAUAGGCGAGAGCGGAACGACGGACUAUGCCGGGGCAUUGCUACGGUUUUACGCAGCCGAGGGCGUGGUGCAGGGCCACAAGGUGCAUGUAGUAGGCAUGGGUGAAGUGUGGGGUAGGGAAUUGCCAGGCAUAUCGGAAGACAAGUCAGACAAGAGGAAGGAAGGGAAGGAGCGAGCGGAAAAAAUGAAGAUCGCGUGGAGGUAUGAAGGUCUUGGACAGUUUGAGAGUGCUAGAGGCUCCCCCAAUGUGCAAAGGACAGCGAGUCAAAGCGAUGGUGCAGCCGAAGAACAGACGGUCUUCUGCCAUACCUUCGACCUUGCCAAACGUCUCACACUGCCUGUCGGGUCGGCGAUCAACUACGUGCCAAUAUCUCCACCGACGGGCGCUUCUGCGUCACCCUUCCCUUCGAUUCUGCAGAACAUACGGCAGCAACUCGAGUCGACACCAUCACACACAAUCCAUCGCAUUGUAAUACCGGCUCUUCUCUCACCAGCGCUGUACCCUCCCUCGUCAGCCCACCCGACCUCCAUACUCCAAUUUCUCCAUGCUCUACGCGCGCUACUCCGACAAUAUCAAACACGUCUGACCGCCAUUGUCACGCUUCCAUUGACCCUGUAUCCAAGAUCCUCAGGCCUCGUCCGCUGGAUGGAGAUCCUUUCAGACGGUGUCCUUGAAUUGUCUCCGUUUCCAUACUCGCGCAUGCAAGCGCUUGCACAAUCGGCAGGUACGACAAAGGACGAAGAGCGACCGCAGGGUAUGCUCGCCGUGCACAAACUACCAGUAUUCCACGAGAAGGGCGGCGGUGGUGGAGCAGAAGACUUGGGCGAGGACAUGGCGUUUACGUUGAGUAGGCGGAAGUUUGUGAUCGCAAAGUUCAGCCUCCCGCCAAUGGAAGGCGACACCGAGGCGCAGGAGGAGGCUGUAAGGGAGGCGGCUGGUGCUAGUGCGAUGCCCAAGAAGCAAGAUCUAGAGUUCUAG